UACAGGUCUGAGAGACGGUGGAGGCUGCUGCAAAAAUGCUAACAGGCUAACUAGCUCGUUAGCUCACAGUUGAAUAAUCAGUGGCUGAUUAAUAUUUAAAAUAAUUCUCCUCGUUAAACAUUAAAGUUGUCGCCGGGGUUUGGUCUGUUUCCCGCGGUCACCGCCCCGCAGUGUCUCGGAGUUAGCCAGUUAGCAUGGCAGCAGCUAACUACCGAGGCUAACGGCAGGUGAUUAGCUUAGCACGCUAACCGACGCAAAUUUAAAUAUUAUCCGGAUAAUAGUGACUGAAGUCCGCGGGCUCAGCGGAGUGUAGCCCGUUAGCAGGGAGAUACCUGCUGGGUGUGACCCGGGAUGGAUGUGAGUUAACGGGCGGACUGGGCCGGUGUGACCCGGGUCUGAGCUUCUCUGGACGGAACCCGUGUGUCGAGUCGAGCCGAGGGGUUCCCCCCAGCAGCAGCCCGGUCCUCCGGGGCCGGGGGACGGCAGAGCUCCACACCGCCUGUCAGGCCCCGAGUCUGGGAUGAGAUGAGCUGCAGCGGACCGGAGGGCCCGUUAACCCGUGUUAAACAGGAUGGAUCUCUGCAGUAGGAACCCGAACCGCACAGCGCCGGUCGGUGAUGACGGCCUGCAGGGAGGCGAUGUGCCGCUCUGCUCCCGGACGAAUGGGUGGAGCUGGCCCCCCCACCCCUUCCAGCUGCUGGCCUGGCUGCUUUACGUCUACUUUGCCGUCACCGGCUUCGGCGUGUUCGUCCCUCUGCUGCCCACCCACUGGAUCCCUGCAGGCUACAUCUGUACGGGCGUCAUGUUCGUGUGUCACCUGUGUGUCCAUGUGAUGGCCGUGUCCAUCGACCCAGCCGACUACAACGUCAGGACGAAGAGCGAUAAAGGUCCGGUCCCCGUGUUCGACCGCUCCAAACACGCCCACGUCAUCGAGAACUGUCACUGCUACCUCUGUCAGGUGGAUGUGGGUCCCAAGUCGAAGCACUGCAGCGCCUGUAACAAAUGUGUGUCUAACUUCGACCAUCACUGUCGCUGGCUCAACAACUGUGUGGGGAGCAGAAACUACAAGUUGUUCCUUCACAGCGUGGUCUCGGCUCUUCUCGGGGUCUGUCUGGUUCUGGUUGUUGCCUCCUACGUCUUCAUCGAGUUCUUUCUGGACCCGUCCAAACUCCGCACUGACAAACACUUCCUGGUGAGGAAUGAGACAGGUGUGUGGUUCGUCUUCCUGCCGGUGGCUCCUCUCAGGUCAGCGGCGGCAGUGAUUCCUGCUCUUGCUGCCGUCACCAUCGCUCUGGGUCUGCUGUCAUCUGUGCUGCUCUGUCACCUGCUCUGCUUCCACAUCUACCUGAUGUGGAACAGACUCAGUACGUAUGAAUACAUCGUGCGGCAGCGUCACCGCCAGGACAACAGAGACUCGAGGAAACCAGGACCAGUGAAGGAGACAGCGACGGCGGCUCCGUCUGUUCACCUCAUCAAGGACGUGAACUAUCCGGGCAGUCUGGGUUACACCAACCCACAGCUGGACGUAGAGGAAGCUACCACUGUGGCAGUGCGGGGGGAGUCAGAGUUCCUGUCUAACAGCAGAGUGAGGACCGUGUCCAGUCCUGUUGUGGAGGAAGACGCUCAGCUUGCUGUGUCUACAGAGCUGAAAACAGCAGCACACACACACCGACGCACACAGAAGAAGAAGAAGAAGGUUCGUAAAGUUCCAGCAGAGGUCACUAGAGAGCGCUGCCCGAGUACAGCUCCUCCCCCUGCAGAGCCUGGCGGUGUGUCCACUGUGUCCCUGGGUCAGCGCCUUCCCUUCCCAGCGUUCCCUCUGAGGGCCUCCCUGCCCCCCCUGGCCCCCGCCACGGGCCCCGUCCAGGCCGCCGCCCCUCCUGCUGAAUAUCACUCGGACUCUGCCGAGUCUCUGGAGGAGAUCCCGGUGGCGUUGGCCAAACUGGGCUCUUCGUCCUCUGCUGCCACUGGAGAUGCUUCCACGUCCUCGCACAGAGUCGUCCCAGCGUUCCCCCUCCCCUCCCCCCAGCCCAGGACUAAGAGGAAGGCCGCCUCCUCCCGCCCCAAUAAGAACGCUGCGGAGCUGAGGUUUGAGAUGGCCUCCACCCAGCCCCCGAUGGUGUUUGUUAGCCGGGCCAGCGGAGAGGCCGCUGAGCCCCGAGAGGAUGGACUCAGCGUGGGCAGGAGGCCGCCCAGCUCCAGGCCCGGCUCCAGGCCGGUGUCUCGGGCGUCUCUGGGCUCAGGUGUGGGCUCCUGGAUGGAGCUGUGAUCUGGAACAGUCUGAUCACCUGCGCUCUGUGACGCCUCGCACAACGAUCUGACAGAUGGGUUUUAUAUCAGACACUAUUUAUUGUUUUUAAUGAACGCCAAAGGUGACUUCCUGUCUGUGCACAAUCUUUAUAACUGAAGGAACCUUCACUUUGUAUGCCCCCCCUCACCGCCCUGACACGCCAUCUCUUCCUGUUGUUUUACUGUUUCCUGGCUGGUCUCCAUGGUAACCCGGAGCCAGAGGGGCGGAGUGGUGUCUCCACCUAAUUCUUGAGAGUACAGGUGAUUAUGGGUGUGUCCUCAGGUGAGACAGGAAGCUCGUUAGUCCUGAUGACUGUCUGUGGUGAGUCCCAGCUGGUCAUCACAGUGGCGAACAGCUAACAGCUAACUGGAAAUGAUCUUUUCUUCAGUUUAAUUGGUUUGUUUCAGAUAUUGAAUUAAUGUUAAAUUAGCACGUUGUUUUUUAUUUUGCUGCGGGAAGAAGGAUCAGAGUACUGUUAGCCAAAAUGGAAAACACUGGUCCCAUUUCUGCGCCAGAGGUCACGCCCAUAAUUCACACAAGGUAUCAUGAAGGCUCAGAACAACGUGGAUACAGAACUAAAGUCCUGACAUCACUUCCUGUUUAUUUCUGCAGCAACAACCCAAACACGCUGCUAAAAUAGUCGUACAUAUGCUGCGGAUUUAACGCCCUCAAAUUCAUUGUUUUCGGUGUCGAUUCCAGAGCGCCUGUUUUUCAGGGUGUGACGGCUCUGAGAUAAACAGAGUUCAGCUUUUAGAACGCAGCAGCUAAUGUCAUGUGACGAGGACCAACCAAUCACAGCCCAUGGAGGAGAAGUUGAUCAUGUUAGUGCAGAGCUGUCAGAGCGUCACAUCUGUCCCCCAGACAGACAGGAAGUAGAUCAGCUCUGACCUCAGGACUUCCUGUCAGUACGCUGUGACGCGGCACUGGCUAUGGUUGCUUAGCAAAUUCAGAUGCAACCUACCGCUGUGUCCUUGAGUUGGCACAGAGUAGCGCCCAGCACCCGACCUCGCGUUUCCCAGGUGGUUAAAGACGCAGCAUGUGUACGGCCCCUGAUGCUAAUGCUAACUCCCAGCAUGCAUUCUGACACAUGAUGGCUGACAGCCGUGGAGCUCUGACGGAUGAUCACAUGACUGAUCACAUGAACUCUCACAGUUUCAUCUUUGUUUACAUGCAGAUAUUUUAUUUCACAAAUCUUGUUUACAGCACUUUUAUUUGAUGUCACUUUUCAGCCAAUCACACGCCUCCAGCUUGUUGUUGUUGUUGUUGUUGUUGUUGUGUAGUGCUGCCGCACUGCUGAGCUGCGAACUGCAGCCCAGGAUUUAAAGGAACAGUUCAACAUUUAGUCUCCUCCUCCUCUGAGAAUUCACUCUCUCAGGAAGCUACAGUCAGCAGCUGGUUAGCUUAGCUUAGCAUAAAGACUGGAAACAAAGGGAAACCGUUAGCUUGCACCUGGCCAACAAACAGUCCGACACGUGACCCAGUGAGACGUUCGUACACUUCAGGAAACACGAUCAGCUGUAGAGCAGCUGGGCUAACUGUUUCCACCUGUUUUCACUCUUAAUGCUAAGCUAUGCUAACCAGCUGCUUAAUGCUAAUGCUAAGCUAAGCAGCUGCUGUACAGAUGUGAGAGUGGAGUCAGUCUGAAUCAGGUCCUCAGGAACGCUGCUCAGCCUUGCAUUCCUCGUGGUACUGCAGAAUGAACUGACUGAUAUGAUCUAUGAUGUGAAGAUGUGACUGUCAGAGAGGAAGAGGAGGAGGAGGUUAAGAAUGUAAAUGUUGGACUGUUCCUUUAACAGUGCUCCUCUGAGAUGUUUGUUAUUUUUACACCUGUCAGCUGAUUUUAUCAAUAAAUGAUUCCAAGUGAUUUCAGACUGCUGCUGGUCCGUCUGCAGGGUGAGGUCAUCACAGAGUCUUCAUCAGGAGCUCAGGAUCCACACCACAACACAUCCUCAGCCCUUCACAUUAAAACCACUGACAACACCAAAACUAUGGAAACUGAAGUUUAUUUUGAAAAGACGAUGCAGUUAACAAGUGUAUAUUGACACGUUUCAUGAACGUGUGAGACUGACGCAGGAGGGAACCUCGAGCAUCGUAGUGUGAUGUGGAGAUCCACUGACGGAGCGUCAGGAUGUGAGUCGGGGGUUUGGGAGCGAGGAUGUGUUGGUUUCUUUGUUCAGGUGGAGACAGAGAAGUGACAGCAGAUAAAUACUGAGCAGGAUGUUGCUGCUGCAGGAAGGUUAAAGUGAAAUGUGAUUGAUGGAGGAAGUUUGCUGGAAGCAGCAGAGGUCUGAGUACAGAACCCUGUGGAACCCCACAGGACACAACGUGGUUCUCCACCCAGCGACUGUGAGCAGAAACAUCAGACUUCAGAGGAGGCAGUGUGACUGUCAGAGGGUUAAAGAGCAGGAGAAGAACCAAGGAGAGGCCGGGGUCAGAGGUCAGAGCUCAGCAGCUGGCUCCGUGACAGGAAGUUGUACUGGAGCAUCUGACGAGAACUGUCCAUCAUUCAGUCUGUGUCUCCAUCAGCUGUGUUAAUGUGAACCAUGUGGAGGGUUAAUGAGCUCCUUACUGUUCCUGUCAGCUGGAUCACCACACACACACACAAAAGUAACACAAACACACACACACACACACACAAAAGUAACACAAACACACACACACA